AUGAACGGGAUUUUACCAGCGAAAUCGACAUCUUCCCCAGAACAGAAUCCGCGAACCCUUCGCUCGGUUCGAAAACGGCAUAUCUUCCGUCCACCGCUCCCCAGUUUUACCCAGUUACGAGAAGAACCUUCGGCCGGUCAGGAUGUGGAAGUGAGAGUGUCCAAGGCUUCAACUGAAAGCUCGUCUCCAAUCUCAGUGAAUGUUCGACCUCCGACUUUAUCUUCUGAAGCUACAACAACAAUGGACAAACUUGAAGUCUCUUCACCAACUGAUCCAGUUAUGGCUCGCCGUGCCAAACGCGACCGCAAACGAAGAAGAAAGGCGAUGCUUGAUAUGCCCCUUCCUCCACUUCCGCAAGGAGAAGAGGAACCUCAGGCGGAAGCACCUCAGGCGGAAGAACCUCAAGCGCUUGAAGUAAAAGAGGAUGAAUCAAACUCACCAGUGCAGUAUUUUCCACAGAAGGUGCCUUUUCCAUCCAAACUGGCUAUCAAUGUGCUCCUCGUUAAUCAACCCGCAUGUGCUUGUUAG